UUUGCAAACAGUCCCUUUUAUCCAUUUUGCUUAGUUCCCCUCCUCCUGCUCCUCCUGGGAGUUCAUCAAACUCAGGGAAAAUACUUCUUCAUCCUGGUAGACAUUAUCCAGAAUAUCAUUAUCAACCAUCACCCUCAGAACUCAGAAUUUCACGGUCAAAAGAGAUGAGACAGAAACGAGAACGGUUGGAGAGGGAAGGAAGGAUGGAAGCAGAGAUGAGAGAAGGGACGAGGGAGGGAAGGCGAGAAGCUUGGCUUGGAAGUGAGGAGAAAGGCAUGAGGGAGGGAAUGCAGUCCCGACACGACGAGAGUGAACGAGGAAAUCGGAACAAAAGGGUAAUGAGAGAUGAGAGAUUUGAAAGAGAAGACAGAAAUCUUAAAACUGAUAAAUAUAAAGAACACAGGAGAUCGGCACAGGAUUUACAUGAUUGGAGGGAAGAUACUCCAUUUUGGAAAGGAAGACGACCCGGAGGAAAGAAAGAAAACGCCCUCUCUUGGGGUAUUCAGGAUUCUGGGCCACCAAACUGGAUCCCCCCCUCCCCUGGACAAUCUGACUGGGGCCCCAUUUCCCCAGGAUGGGCCGGAAGGUCGCCUGGACCCCCGGAGUGGGUCCCGCCCCCGCCGCACAUGAUUGCCCCAAAUUCGAAAAUAAUCAAAGAUGUGAAAAACAACUGGAGCAAGGCAGGAAAAGCUGGAUUUCCAUUAAAUCAAGCCGUGAAUGCUAUGUAUCUCCCUGAGGUGAACCCUGCUGAUCUGCCAGAUAUGUACUCUUUGAAACCUGCUGAUCUGCCAGAUAUGUACUCUUUGAACCCAAUGCGUGAUUCCUUUAUUUCAAUUCAGGAGUAUAGGGAGCAUUCUGUUGAAAUCACUGAAUUAGAUGAUCUUCCCUUAGAUCCAUCCUUUAUUCAUCCAACCUUACUCUCAUCCCAUAAACUUAAUUCUAAUUCAUCCCAUCCAUCCCAUACAGUUCAUUCCCAUCCUCCCAUCCAGGAUGAAAUCCCUCUCCGACCAAACCUACGAGAUGUUCCUGGCGGACUUUAUUAAAUUUAUCAGUAUAUUUAUGAAUCAAUAUCUUAUAAUCAAAAUAAAUAAAUAUUAUAUA